AUGGAGGUUUUCGAAUCAUUUUAUCAAAAUCCAAUUCUACGAGAAUAUUUUAAUCCCAAGCAAUUUCAUGUGACACCAUGGGUACGUGAUGUCAUUGGCAUACAUCAUCCAUUUGUCUUUGAUUUUGAAAGAAAAUUUUUUGAUAAAACAUAUGCUCACCAUAUUUAUGAGUGGAUGAAUAAAUGGUGGUGGUUAAGUAUUGUUUAUUCAAUAAUUUAUGUUGGAUUAAUUUAUUAUGGUCGAUCAUUAAUGGAAAAACGUGAACCUUAUCAAAUACGAGGAUUAUUAAUUUUAUGGAAUAUGUCAUUGGCUUUAUUUAGUAUAUUUGGAAUGAUACGUUGUGUACCUGAAAUGAUCUAUGGUUUAACUCAAAAAGGUUUACAAUAUACUAUUUGUGAUAAUAGUAAUAUAUAUAGUGUCACUGGAUUUUGGAUAUCAAUAUUUUGUAUAUCAAAAGUUCCUGAACUUAUUGAUACAUUAUUUAUUGUACUUCGAAAACAAAAAUUAAUUUUUCUUCAUUGGUUUCAUCAUGCUACUGUUUUAAUUUAUGCCUGGUAUAGUUAUCAUGAUUGGACAGCUAGUGGACGUUGGUUCGUUUUUAUGAAUUAUAGUGUUCAUGCACUUAUGUACUCGUAUUAUGCAUUUCGUGCUAUGCGAUUUCGUAUACCAAAAUGGGUAUCAGUAACAGUUACAAUAUUUCAAUUAUCACAAAUGGUUGUCGGAUGUUUUGUUAAUUAUAAAGCAUAUGUGUAUAAACAAGAUGAUGUACCUUGUCGAGUCGCUUAUGCUAAUAUAUUCUGGUCAUUUGUUAUGUAUGCAGUUUAUUUUGGUUUAUUUUUACAUUUCUUUUUCGUAUCAUAUUUAACAAAAAAACCAACAGACAAAAAAAUUACAAAUGAAAGUGAACGCAAAAAGAACAAAUAA